GCUACAGGUGUAACCGGAAACGGAAGUGUUUAUGAAAGCUGUCGAGAUACGUUGACAGUGACUGGGACUGUCUGAAAUUAUGACUUGAAAUGUAAACUUUUGAAGUAUCUGAUUUAAGAAAAAACUAAAAACAGAAACCAGGAAAAGGGAUGAUAGAGCAACUGUACCGGGGAUAUUAAUAGUAAUGAUGGGUCCGUUUCAAACCGGAAGCCUGUACGCGGCUCAGGGGCCGCUUUCCUACACUGACAACCUCAUCGGUACAUUGCUGGCUAUCAUCGGGAAUUUACUCAUCAGCAUCUCCGUGAACAUACAGAAACAAAGCCAUGUGGUGUUGGCAGGCACUAAGGAUCCGAGGCCUUACUACUUCACAAAGACGUGGUGGAGUGGUCUUGUGCUGCUGCUGAUCGGAGAAGGAUCCCUGUUUGCAUCUUACGCCUUUGCACCGCUCUCACUCAUCGCCCCCCUCAGCGCUGUGUCUCUCAUAGCCAGCUGUAUUUUAGGAUUUCUGUAUCUGAGAGAAAAAUGGAGCCCAAAGGAGUUUCUGAAGCGCUACAUUUUAUCAUUCCUCGGCUGUGCCUUGACUGUAGGAGGAACAUAUCUCUUUGUCACGUUCGGGCCAAACUCUCACGAACAACUAAACGCCGAAAACAUUGUGAAGCACCUGACUGGCUGGCCCGUCCUCCUGUACCUGCUACUGGAGAUCAUCACGUUCUGUCUGGUGCUGUACUUUUACAAACAGCACAAUGCGAACUUCCUCGUGCUCAUCCUGCUGCUAGUGGCACUGCUGGGCUCUGUGACGGUCAUCACAGUGAAGGCGGUUGCAGGAAUGGUGGUUCUCAGCAUUCAGGGAUCUCUCCAGCUCAGUUAUCCUAUUUUCUAUGUCAUGUUUGUUUGCAUGGUGACCACCAUCUUCUUUCAGGCAUCAUUUCUAGCUCAGGCGUCCCGUUUGUACGAUUCCUCCCUCAUCGCCUGCGUUAACUACAUCUUCUCCACCGUGUUUGCUGUUGGUGCAGGCGCCAUAUUUUACCUGGAGUUCAACCACGAGGACGUUCUGCACAUCUGCAUGUUUUUAUUAGGAUGUGCCGUGUGCUUCCUCGGCGUAUUCCUCAUCACCAAAAACAAGAAGAAAACCAAAGCUUUUGAGCCGUAUGUGACCAUGGACAUGGUGAAAGGUAUUCCAACGAUCCAUGAAAAAGGCUGGCCCGUUCAGCCGGAUUAUAACGGUUCUUUCUCUUACGGCACCCUCGUGAAUAACGACACCAUCACACCUGCAACUCUCCCAGUGGUGAAUCGGGAUACGUGUGCAUCUCCCGACACGGGUCGCCCGUACCAGGCAGACGAGAUCAAAAAAGACUAGUUAAACCUCUGACAGGACCUCCCAUUUAUAAAAAAAAAAAAGAAGAAGAAAAAAAAGAAUAAAAGCUGCAUCUGACUUUAUUGCUCUCUUCAAGCAUUUAGUUCUAUAGGAUACUGAAUGACUUGCUGAUCCAGAAAAACUGAAUGGCAAAGAUUCCAGAAAACUUCUAAAGACCUUUCCAGAGAUGUGAGGCAACUUUCGAGCAUCCCAGUUGUCAGACCUUUGUUUUUUGUUUUUUUUAAAUCUACUGCGGACGUCAGGGUGAGCUAAAGCAAAAACGCAGCUCCAGAACGGCUCACAUCCUCAUUCCACUCUGCUGUUAGUCUUAACCUUUGCUCGUGUUCAGUGUAGCUUUUGUGUGCGUUUCGACGGCAACACACCACUUCACAGCCAAAGAAAAUCCCUAAUUCAUAAUAACUUCAUCAUGUAAUGAAAAUUGUGCUGAGAGUCAUUGUGCAUCGUCAUCUAUAAUAACCAUAUUUAUUAUAAUACAAAGAUGCCUUAGAACAAAACUUUUUGCCCUUAAAGUAGCACCGGUUUCACUCUGUGCUCCGGUUACUUUCGGUAUUUCUUCUCAUGUCCGUGUGUUUCCUCCAGGUUCCUCGGGAUUCUUCCAGGUUCUUCAGGUUUCCUUCUAUCUCCCAUAAAAAUGCCUAUAGCUCAGUUCAUACUUCUGGGACUAUAAAGUAGUUCCAGGUGUGACUGUGUGUGUGUUGUGCCCUGAGAUAGAUGGGUGACAUUUUUCUGGCCCAGAAAUGCCCUUUUUUCCCCCGUCAGGCAAUUUUAAAGCACAGGAUGCAAUCGACUGAGAGGAAGGAGGAAACUCAUUACGCUUUAUAAAAGACAUACUGCUGUUUCAAGCGGAAUAAUUCAACAGUGCUUUAUUCAGUGUAUUUUAGUGGAUCUGUCUUCACCACCAUGCCUUUAUUCCUCAUCCUAACGCUAUGCAUUCAACUCUACUCUAUGCUGCUGCAGCAUCACUUUACUCUCAUCAGUAUAAUCAUAUUCAAGCACGCAUCUAAAGGAAAGGAGUUGAUUCUCAACUGGCAGCAUCAGGGCUUUUUACAUUUAAAAGAUUUUUUUGUGUGUGGUAACAGAUGUGUAAACAAUCAGAUUUACUUACUCACAUUCCGGUGUUGUGUCAUCCAUCUUUUCAUCCAUCUUUGGUCUUUGAUUUUUCUUGAUAUGGGUGUAAGGGCAUGCAAGAUCUCUUUGCUCCACAGAAUGGCUCUUGGGGUCCAAACAAUAUUUCAUAUUUCUGGUAGAUAGACUCCAGCACUUUUUUUUUUAUUAUAUUUAUUUAAAUGAUGAUUCCAAGUCGUUGUGGUGACGGUUGAAAUCCCAUCAGCCGAGCUAGUCUUAGACACUGUGAUUAACGUUGCUUACAUAAAGGUUAUGUGGAAUCAGUUUUGUCUGUUAUGCUGCGUUAUCUGUAAAUCAUUAUCAUGUAAUCAUUACCUGGUUACAAAGCUUUGCUAAUGGAAUACAUUAUAUAAACAUAAAUAGCUAGUUAGACAAUGGUGCCAUAAUAUAAUAAUAAUAAUAAUAAUCCAUCCAUCCAUCCAUUUUCUACCGCUUAUCUGGGGCUGGGUCGCGGGGGCAGCAGUCUAAGCAGGGACACCCAGACUUCCCUCUCCCCAGACACUUCCUCCAGCUCUUCCGGGGGAAUACCGAGGCGUUCCCAGGCCAGCCGAGAGACAUAGUCCCUCCAGCGUGUCCUAGGUCUUCCCCGGGGCCUCCUCCCGGUUGGGCAUGCCCAGAACACCUCCCCAGGGAGGCGUCCAGGAGGCAUCCGGAACAGAUGCCCGAGCCACCUUAGCUGACUCCUCUCGAUGUGGAGGAGCAGCGGCUCUACUCUGAGCUCCUCCCGGGUGACCGAGCUCCUCACCCUGUCUCUAAGGGAGCGCCCAGCCACCCUGCGGAGGAAACUCAUUUCGGCAAUAAUAAUAAUAAUAAUAAUAUAUGGGUAUUAAAUAUAGCAUAAUGGCUUGUACACAGAGGUGUUUUUGUUGUUAGAAAAGCUAUAUAUCAAGCUACAAAGCUUUCAAGCUUAUUACUGAUUGAGUAUUAAGUAAAAUAAGGUAUUUGGAAAUGUCCAGAAUUCAGAAGCAAUUCUGAAGCAAAAAAACUCAAAUUUAUAGCUGAUUUUCAGCUAUUUGUGAAAGUUACUGCUUUUCCUAAUCAAGCUAAUUUUAACUUCAAAUGUGUCUUCCUACCAAUGACCUAAGAGUUCACAAACAUUUUCAUGAAGGUAUACAUGCGUUAUGAAUGAUUUAUGAAACUCAUUAGCUCUGACCUUACCUGUAGUUUGAUCAGUUGAGGAUCUCAGCUCUCAGAUGUUUAUCUGAAGUCCCUCAUUGCUUUAAAAGCUUUAAGUUGGCAUCGGCCUUAGUUGCCUCUGGUGUGAGCCGGUGAAGAAUUCAGUUUAUCAUUUGUACUAGUAAUAAUUGAAUCCUAUGUUGUCACUUUAUUUCUGAAGGUAAACGUGUAGCUGAAAGGAACUACAUUUAUUUUCAUUUAUUUAUUUCUUUAAUGUACAGUAGAAAGAUUAGAAAUCAUCACUGUCUUAAUUUGCAAUUCCAAAGAAUUUGUCAGUGUCUGGACCAAAGGAAAUAAUUAUACGUGUGUAGACGUGUGUCCGACUGAUGUUUUUGAGGGUAACACUAAUUAAUCUUUGAAUCAAUAAAAUAAGCUGAAUACUGAAUUUUGAUGUUGCUGAAGUUAUAAGAAUGCAACUUGUUAAAACUGUAAAUGGUGCGUGGCUUGAUUUCUUCAGUGUGACUUUGGGCAUUAAACUCUGUAUACCAUGUUCCAUGCUGUA